AACACCGGCCUUGUUAUAGUUUGUUUCAUUUAUAUGGCAAUUUCAGAAAUAUCCGCAAACUAGAUCAAAAGAUAUUCGGUAACGUAUCCCUUUAUUUGCAAAAUAAAUUGCAGAGAGAGAGAGAGAGAGAGAGAGAGAGAGAGAGAGAGAGAGGGAGGAGAGAGAGGAUUUGGGGUGGGGUUGGGUGGCGUCUGUCGAAUGGCCAUUGAAAAAGCCACCCCCACCCUUUACGUUUCUUGGUUCUCUCUCCAUCUCAUCUCUGUGUGUUCUGUGUGUGUAUCUUUUGGGUAACUCAUUAAUAUAUAAAUACAUAUAAUAUAAAUACCCACACGAUUAAAUUCGGUGGGAUAGUUAGAUCUUGUGCACCUCCUCCCUCCAAUGAAAAGAUUAUUGCUAUCACAAUCAAUACCAGAAAAUAUUAUUAUUAUUAUUGGUAUAUGACAAUGCCCAUCGUCGGCAUGUUAUUUUUCUUGAUUUUCAAUUUUCUGGUUCUACAAUUGUAAACAGGGGGUCGAUUCAGAGAAAGGAGAGUUGGGUUAUUUAAGGAUUUGAAUUGAGUGGGGAAUGAAUGUUCAUCGAUCGAAUUGAAUUAAAUUAAGUUAAAUUAAAUAAAAUAAAAUGGCGUCAUACCAACUAAUCAAAGAAGGGGGAUUGGAUUUGAAGGGAAACAACAACUGUACAGUGAGGAUUGAUGAUGAUGAUGAUGUUGAGUCUGCUUUCCAGAGGAUUAAUAAUCAAUCUUCUUCUUCGUCUUCGUCUUCUCCUUCACAUAGAUUGAGGCCUAAAGCUUGUACUCAGCCAUCUUCUCGCCUUGUCUCUCUUGAUGUUUUUCGUGGCCUUACUGUUGUGUUAAUGAUAAUUGUUGAUGAUGCUGGUGGGAUAAUACCAAGUAUAAAUCACUCACCAUGGAAUGGUUUGACACUGGCUGAUUUCGUCAUGCCUUUUUUCCUCUUCAUGGUCGGUGUUUCACUUGGACUUGUUUAUAAGAAUAUGCCUUGUAGAACCACAGCAUCGAGAAAAGCCAUAUUCCGGACAGCAAAAUUUCUAAUACUAGGGGUUUUUCUCCAAGGUGGCUAUUUUCAUGGUAUUAAUAAUUUAACGUACGGAGUCGACAUGGGACAGAUAAGGUGGAUGGGCAUAUUGCAGAGGAUUGCAAUAGCAUAUUUGGUGGGAGCAAUGUGUGAGAUUUGGCUCAGAAACGACGAUAAAGUUGGUUCUGGAUUAUCAUUACUCAAGAAGUAUCAAUGGCACUGGGUGAUGGUGUUCAUGCUUACCACUGUAUAUCUUGUGUUGUUAUAUGGUUUAUAUGUUCCAGAUUGGUCGUAUCAGGUUCCACUCAGUGCAUCUUUUGAGGUUAAAAAGGUGAAAUGUGGUGUGCGAGGUAACACUGGGCCUGCAUGUAAUGCUGCUGGAAUGAUUGAUCGCAUGAUUUUGGGCGUUCAACACUUAUAUAGGAAGCCAAUAUAUGCUCGAACACAACAAUGCAGUACAAACUCACCAGAUUACGGCCCACUUCCUCCUAAUGCUCCAUCAUGGUGUCAAGCCCCCUUUGACCCGGAAGGACUUUUAAGUACAGUGAUGGCACUUGCUACCUGCUUGAUAGGUGUACAAUAUGGCCAUGUCAUUGUUCACUUUAAGGAUCAUAAGUAUAGACUCUUGCAAUGGCUAGUACCAUCAUUGGGCUUUAUAAUCCUGGGCGUGCUAUGCAAUAUUUUUGGGAUGCAUAUAAACAAGGCUUUAUACUCUUUCAGCUAUAUGUGUGUUACUACUGGUGUUGCAGGGAUUCUACUUGCUUCAAUUUAUCUAGUGGUGGAUGUGUAUGGAUACAGACGGUGUACGAUGGUUUUAGAAUGGAUGGGAAUGAACGCAUUGGUGAUAUAUGUUCUUGUAGCCUGCAAUAUUUUACCUCUCAUUCUACAAGGAUUUUACUGGAACCAUCCUGGUAACAAUAUCCUAAGUUUGAUUGGAAUUGGAAAACAGACACACUAAUGAGGCUGUUGGGGUGAUACACUAAUAAUAAUAUUCCAUUUAUUGGUUGAGGGCUGCAAUACUUUUUGACACAAUUCUUGAAUAAAUCUGUUAUUGGCACGUAUUAGACUUUUAGUAUGACUUGUUACCUUAUUGAGAAACAGUUACAAAUCAUUUAAUCAAGAAAAAAAUGCUGUUAAAAUCUCUUCCACUUUUACUCGAGGAAGACAUUUCAAGCUUACAGAGUUCGAAACUGGAAAAAUAAAUAUUGAUUUUAGAUU